CGGCGGCACGUUGAAUGAACAGAAUCAAACACACCCAGAGAGUCACGUGAUCUGUCAGGUCAUGUGAUGGUCAUGAGGAAGUAAACAGAGAAGAGAAGAUCUACAGAAGAGAAGAGCUGGAGUCUUCGAGCUGUCAGUCUGCUGCAAAAACACAGAGUCAAGGUGUGGCUGUUUAGUGCAUCCUCCUCCUCCUCUUCCUCCAGCCGCCAUGGUGGACUUCCUGGCGGAGAACAACCUGUGUGGCCAGGCCGUCCUCAGGAUAGUUUCUAGAGGGAAUGCCAUCAUUGCAGAGCUCCUGCGCCUCUCCGACUUCAUCCCUGCAGUUUUCCGGCUCAAGGACAAGAGCGACCAGCAGAAAUAUGGAGACAUCAUUUGUGACUUCAGCUACUUUAAGGGUCCGGAGUAUUACGACGGGAAGCUGGAAGCCAAACCUGAGCUUCAAGACCUGGAUGAAGAGUUUAGAGAGAACAACAUUGAGAUUCUGUCGAGGUUCUAUCUGGCUUUUGAGAGCGUCCACAAAUAUAUAGUGGAUCUUAACAGAUAUCUGGAUGACCUACAUGAGGGUGUUUAUAUCCAGCAGACUCUGGAGACGGUGCUCCUAAAUGAGGAUGGGAAACAGCUUCUAUGUGAAGCUCUCUACCUUUAUGGAGUUAUGUUGCUGGUUAUUGACCAAAAGAUUGAAGGGGAGGUCAGAGAGAGGAUGCUUGUGUCCUACUAUAGAUACAGUGCUGCUCGUUCAUCGGCCGACUCCAACCUGGAUGACAUCUGCAAGCUCCUGCGCAGCACCGGCUACUCCAGCCAGCCCGGAGCCAAACGGCCAGCCAACUACCCAGAGAGCUACUUCCACAGGGUUCCCAUCAGCACCACUUUCAUCAGCAUGGUCAUCGGGAGGCUGCGCUCCGACGACAUUUACAACCAAGUGUCUGCGUACCCGCUGCCGGAGCAUCGUAGCACAGCGCUGGCCAACCAGGCGGCCAUGCUGUAUGUCUGCCUCUACUUCAGCCCCUCCAUACUGCACACCCAGCAGGCCAAGAUGAGGGAGAUAGUGGACAAGUACUUCCCCGACAACUGGGUCAUCAGUAUCUACAUGGGGAUCACAGUGAACCUGGUGGAGGCCUGGGAACCGUACAAAGCCGCCAAGAUUGCUCUCAACUACACCCUUGACUCUGCUAACAUCAAAGAGCAGGCCACUCGAUAUGCAGCUAGCAUGGAGAGCCUGAGGCCUCAGGUGCAGCAGCUGCUGAAAGAAGGUUUCCUCCGGGAGGAGAUCAUUCUGGACAACAUUCCCAAACUGCUCAACUGUCUGAGAGACUGCAACGUGGCUAUCCGCUGGCUGAUGCUGCACUCCGCAGAGUCAGCCUAUGAUCCAAACAACAAGCGACUGCGUCAGAUCAAAGAUCAAGUUCUCAACGACUCCAAGUACAACCCCAAGAUCCUGUUCCAGCUGCUGCUGGACACGGCUCAGUUUGAGUUCACACUCAAAGAGAUGUUCAAGCAGAUGCUGUCGGAGAAGCAGAUCAAAUGGGAGAGCUUUAAGAAGGAGGGAUCGGAGAGGAUGACCGAGCUGGCCGAAGUCUUCUCUGGCGUCAAACCUCUCACCAGGGUGGAGAAAAACGAGAACUUGCAGGCCUGGUUCAGAGAAAUCUCAAAGCAGAUCGAGUCUCUGAACUACGAGGACUCCACAGCUGCUGGGAGGAAGACCGUCCAGCUCAUACAGGCUCUCGUUGAGGUCCAGGAGUUCCACCAGCUGGAGUCGAACCUGCAGGUCUGUCAGUUCCUGGCCGACACCAGGAAGUUCCUGCACCAAAUGAUCCGCACCAUCAAUAUCAAAGAAGAAGUCCUCAUCACUAUGCAGAUAGUUGGAGACCUGUCCUACGCGUGGCAGAUCAUUGACAGCUUCACAUUAAUUAUGCAGGAGAGCAUCAGAGUCAACCCGUGCAUGGUCACCAAACUGAGAGCUACGUUUCUGAAGCUGGCGUCUGCAUUGGAUCUUCCGUUGCUUCGGAUCAACCAGGCCAACAGCGCCGACCUGCUGAGCGUUUCACAGUUCUACUCUGGAGAGCUGGUGGCUUACGUCAGAAAGGUGCUGCAGAUCAUCCCAGAGAGCAUGUUCACCUCUCUGGCCAAAAUCAUCAAGCUUCAGAUCCACGACAUCAUGGAGGUGCCCACGCGGCUCGACAAGGACAAGCUGAAGGACUACUCCCAGCUCGGGGCUCGCUACGAAGUGGCUAAACUCACCCAUGACAUCUCCAUUUUCACUGAGGGGAUCCUGAUGAUGAAGACCACUCUGGUUGGGAUCAUCAAGGUGGAUCCGAAGCAGCUUCUGGAGGACGGCAUCAGGAAGGAGCUGGUGAAGAGGGUCGCUUAUGCUCUGCACAAAGGAUUGAUCUUCAACCCCAGGGCUAAGCCUAGUGAGUUGAUGCCCAAGCUGAAGGACAUGGGGGCCACCAUGGACGGCUUCUACAGGUCGUUUGAGUACAUCCAGGACUACGUCAGCAUUUACGGCCUGAAGAUCUGGCAGGAGGAGGUGUCCCGUAUCAUCAACUACAACGUGGAACAGGAAUGCAACAGCUUCCUCCGGACCAAGAUCCAGGACUGGCAGAGUGUGCAUCAGUCCACUCACAUUCCCAUCCCAAAGUUUCCCUCUGUGGACGAGUCGGCCACUUUCAUCGGCCGUCUCUGCAGAGAGAUCCUCCGGAUCACUGAUCCCAAGGUAACGUGCUACUUCGACCAGAUGAACACCUGGUACGACCUGAGGAGCCACCAGGAGGUCACCAACAACAGGCUGUUCUCUGAGAUCCAGAACACGCUGGGCACAUUUGGCCUCAACGGACUGGACCGCCUGCUCUGCUUCAUGAUUGUCAAGGAGCUUCAGAACUUCCUGAUGUUGAUCCAGAGGAACAUCCUGAAGGACAAAGCUGCGGUGGAUGUUUUCAAAGCCAUGCUGGGUGCUGUCAACCCAAUCCAGGGGAUUGUGGGUAAUGCCAGCAAAGUGUACGCUAGUGCUGUGGCCAAAACCCAGAAGAUCUGGGGUGCAUACCUGGAGGCCAUCAUGAAGGUUGGUCAGAUGCAGAUCCUCCGACAGCAGAUUGCUAAUGAGCUGAACUACUCCUGCAAGUUUGACUCCAAACAUCUGGCUGCUGCUCUGGAAAACCUCAACAAGUCUCUGCUGGCAGACAUUGAAGCUCACUACCAGGAUCCGUCCCUGCCCUACCCCAAAGAGGACAACACUCUCCUGUAUGACAUCACUGCCCACCUGGAGGCUGCUGGCAUUCACAACCCACUCAACAAGAUCUACAUCACCACAAAGCGUCUGCCUUACUUCCCCAUCAUCAACUUCCUUUUUAUCAUUGCUCAGCUGCCUAAACUUCAGUACAACAAAAACCAAGGAAUGACCUGCAGGAAAGCCACGGAUCCGGUGGACUGGCCUCCGCUGGUGCUCGGCGUGCUCACCCUGCUCAAGCAGUUCCACUCCAGAUACACGCAACAGUUCUUGGCUCUCAUUGGUCAGUUCAUCCGCUCUAUCAUGGAGCAGUGCACCAGUCAGAAGAUCCCUGACAUGCCCUCUGAUGUGGUGGGAGCUCUGAUGUUCCUGGAAGACUAUGUGAAGUACACAAAACUGUCACGCAAGGUGGCCGAAGCCCACGUUCCCAGUUUCAUUUUUGAUGAGUUCAGAACGAUACUGUGAAGAUCUGGAUGAAGCAUUUCAUCAGACAAUUAUGCUUUUGUUGCCAUAAACUUUUUUCACUGCAGACAUUUUGACUCAUCAUAUUAGGAAAAGCACAGGUGUGUUACUAAUCACAUUAACGACGGCCUCGUUGUGUUCAGGUGUUCUAGUGAGCUAAGACAGAGAGACAGCGUGCACAUCACCAACACCCUGAAACUGAAGCAGCUAGAUGGAGUUCAGUCUUCAUUAAUCAUCAUGUGUAAUGUGUGCUUCAUUGUCUACCAUGAAAACAGCUGUUGAAUUAUUUACUUUCACAUUUCAUUGACCAUUAAUGUCUUAAUGCACUAAUAAUCAUAAUCAUAAUAGAAUGUACAGAGAUAGACAUUUAAUACUGCCAACUGUAUGUAUUAUCACUUUGUGCCAUUUCCUAAUGAAAUUCAGUAAUAAAUAUGAUUGUUCAUA